AUGACGACCAACAGCCCGUUCUUCAGCGGCUUUCUAGCAGCCUUCCGUGCCCAGCCCACUGUACAGAAAGCGGGCGCAUCGCAGGCCGCGUCGGCAACCUCUUAUGCACACACUGCAGCAACGUCUCAAACACAAGGGUACGACGCCUCGAGUACCACACGAACGAUCACCACCAAGACACGGUCGCCCUCGCCCGGUGCGACGACCACGGUAGUCCAUACCACAGGUCAGUUCCAGCCCACCAGGCAACACGCGACUCCGUACCACCGUUCCACGUCGCCAGUUCAUACAAAAGCAUUUCCGAUCCCAGGCGCCUCUCAACGAAGCAGGAGAGGGUCUGAUAGCUCUUCUGAUGGUUUCAACGAGAUCAUGGGCGCCGAGAAGUGGUACAUUGGCGGUAGAACAGCGACAGGUGAAGAGAAGUUCUACAAGCUCGGCAUGGUGAAGCGUCACCGGAGCGCGGAUCGUCUCAGUCUGGACAAACUCAGUAUAUAA